GAUGCGCAGCUCCGGCAGCGUCGGGGCUCCGGCCGGGGCGACUCGCUGCCUCCAGCUGCUGCUCCUCUGCUCGGGGCUGCCCUUGUCCCUGGCGUCCUCCUUCCUGACAGGUUCAGUUGCAAAGUGUGAAAAUGAAGGGGAAGUUCUCCAGAUUCCUUUUAUCACCGAUAACCCCUGCAUCAUGUGUACCUGCUUGAACAAGGAAGUGACAUGUAAGAGAGAGAAAUGUCCUGUGCUGUCGAGAGACUGUGCGCUGGCCAUCAAACAACGAGGAGCCUGUUGUGAGCGCUGCAAAGGUUGUACCUAUGAAGGCAACACCUAUAAUAGCUCCUUCAAGUGGCAGAGUGCAUCCGAACCCUGUGUACUGCGUCAGUGUCAGGAAGGUGUCGUCACAGAGUCGCAGGUUCGGUGUGUAGUGCAUUGCAAAAACCCAUCCAAGCAUCUGGGAACAUGCUGUCCCUCAUGUCCAGGCUGCGUGUUUGAGGGUGUGCAGUACCAAGAAGGGGAGACUUUUCACCCUGAAGGAAAUCAAUGCAUCAAGUGUUCCUGUGUUGGCGGCAGAACGCAGUGCAUGAGAGAAGUCUGCCCCAUUCUUUCCUGUCCUCAGCACCUGAGUCAGGUCCCUACAGGACAGUGCUGCCCCAAAUGUUUGGGACAGAGGAAAGUGUUUGACCUCCCAUUUGGAAGUUGUCUCUUUCGAAGUGAUGUUUAUGACAAUGGUUCCUCCUUUCUUUUCGACAACUGCACUGCCUGCACCUGCAAGGACUCUACUGUAGUGUGUAAGAAGAAGUGUUCCCAUCGUGGUGAUUGUAACAGAGGUGAAGAAGCCUGCUGUGAGGAAUGUCUCCUACGAGUCCCCACUGAAGAUAUAAAAGUGUGCAAGUUCGGCAAUAAGGUUUUCCGGGAUGGAGAGAUGUGGUCCUCUGUCAACUGCACCAUCUGCUCCUGUGUGAAAGGCAAGACAGAGUGUCGAAAAAAGCAGUGUGCUCCCAUUAGCAGCUGCCCUCAGGGUAAAAUUCUCAACAGAAAAGGAUGCUGUCCUAUUUGCACUGAAAAGCCUGGUGUAUGCACAGUGUUUGGAGACCCUCACUACAACACUUUUGAUGGCCGCACGUUUAACUUUCAGGGGACAUGUCAGUACGUUUUGACGAAAGACUGCUCCUCCCCUGCCUCGCCCUUCCAGGUGCUGGUGAAGAAUGAUGCUCGCAGGACCCGCUCCUUCUCCUGGACCAAGUCGGUAGAGUUGGUGCUGGGCGCCAGCACCCUCAGCCUUCAGCAACACCUCACGGUGCGCUGGAAUGGCACCCGGGUGGCACUGCCCUGCAGGGCGCCACACUUCCACGUGGACCUAGAUGGCUACCUCUUGAAAGUGACCACCAAAGCAGGUUUGGAAAUAUCAUGGGAUGGAGACAGUUUUGUAGAAGUUAUGGCUGCCCCCCAUCUCAAGGGCAAGCUUUGUGGUCUUUGUGGCAACUACAAUGGACAUAAGCGUGAUGACUUAAUUGGAGGGGAUGGAAACUUCAAAUUUGAUGUGGAUGACUUUGCAGAGUCCUGGAGGGUGGAGUCUAAUGAGUUCUGCAACAGGCCCCAGAGAAAGCCUGUGCCUGAACUGUGUCAGGGGACAGUGAAGGUAAAACUCCGUGCUCAUCGAGAAUGUCAGAAACUCAAAUCCUGGGAAUUUCAGACUUGUCACUCAACAGUGGACUAUGCAACUUUCUACCGGUCUUGUGUGACUGAUAUGUGUGAAUGUCCAGUCCAUAAAAACUGUUAUUGUGAGUCAUUCCUGGCAUAUACACGGGCUUGCCAGAGAGAGGGCAUCAGUGUCCAUUGGGAGCCACAACAGAAUUGUGCAGCUACCCAGUGUAAGCAUGGUGCUGUGUACGAUACCUGUGGACCAGGUUGCAUAAAGACCUGUGACAAUUGGAAUGAGAUUGGACCAUGCAAUAAACCUUGUGUGGCAGGCUGCCAUUGUCCUGCAAACUUGGUCCUUCACAAAGGAAGGUGCAUCAAGCCAGUUCUAUGUCCUCAGCGGUGACCUUUGUUCUACUCUUUAAGACUUUGAAACUGGGGCGUCCUUGAGACUAAAGUGGAAGAGCCAAUGAAGGACUGAAGUCUGCGUGUGCUGAUUCUCCAGACAAAAACUGAGUAUAUAUGUGUACAUAUAUAGAUAAAUAGAUAUAUUCAGAAACAUUUCAUCAUUUAUAUAAACUAUAGCAGGAUUGUUAUGUAUAUUUUUUGCUAUGAGACGUGUACUGUUUCUAGGAUCCUUAUCUGUAAGUCAUUGGAUAUGUUGUAAAAAUAAAUCGAGUAUUUUAAUUUAAUAAAGAAGCAUGCAGAAGUUCUGGAGGACUUUCACAUUACAUACUUUUGUUCAUUUUAAGAUAAUUCCUUAAGAAACCUAAGUUGCCUGCCUGCAAUACUUUUAACUUUGUGUCAGGAUUUGCAUUUGAAUGGGAAAUGUCUUUCUCUGGAGAAGGAAUCUUUCAUUUAGGAAAUUUCAUGUUUCCAAAGAAAGGAAUGAGUGAUUAGAGCAAUGGUUGAUAAUUAAUUGUCUACUGGCCACAAUGGUGCCUAUAAACAAAGGAUAGACUGUUAGACUUUAAUGGGUCUAAUAUUAUUUACAAAACUGAUUUGU